CGUUCGCUCGGUCAGAAAGUAUUUUUGUACCCUUUACAUUAGACAUCAUACGGGAUAAAAUAUUUAGACGAAAUUUUGUAAUAUUGUUCCUCGUUUUUUUUUUGGCAAAAUAAUCAAAUACAAAAAUACACUUAUUUCCUAGAACUUGUACCUACAACCAAAUAUUAUCAUGGCUUCUCCUGCUCCUGUUCGUGGUAAUAAAGCGUACAUGUUGAGGACUACGAAAAAAGCUGCCACCGCGACCAAUGCCCAUUGGGCUCCAGCUUCCACGAGAUGCGAAACCUUUGCACCCCCUCCCAUCGUGAAUCCGGGAUCGGCUUUAAAUAGUCGUAGUCGCGAUAAGAUCGCUGCCAGCCGGAUUCCUAUCAGUCGACUUUCGAUCCGCCGUCCUCCGGCUGCCCAAACGCGAAACACUUCUCCAGCGCGGGGAAGUCGCUUGAAAGGAACCUCUACCGUUAGUACCUGUUCCUUGCCGGAGAAGAAAGUAGUCGCCCAAGAUCGAAAGGCUGAAGAGAAUAAGGCGCCGCCUAAGCGACCCGUUACCCCACCGCGAAUGAACGUCUUGGCCAAGCAAAUCCUGGGAAGCUCUAGAAAAGCAGGCGCCAGGGGAGACAAACCGCAUCGCCGGGUCAUCGAAUUAAACAAGUUGCGGGCCUUCGAGGCGCAGAAGAAGAAACUAGAGUUCAUGCAGUCAGACUUUAUGCACAAGCUGCGCACCCUGGGUCCCCAGUUUCCGGGGAAUACUUCCUUCAAGUUUGUAGCCGUAGUCGUAAACGACGAGUGCAAGGUCGUGGUACACGAAGACGAUCUCCUCCGACUGCCCAAGAAUUUGCCUACUGCAAGUAUCAAUGACUUGAAACAUCGUUGUCGUGACAUCGUCGAUUUGGGUUUUGUGCUCUUCUAUGACUACCUGCCAUUCAUUCAGAGGUCUAAGAACGAGUUCGAGGCUCGUGAUAGGCGCGAGGAGAUUCGAGUCAAGUUGGCAUCCUUGGUGAACCGAAAGAUGGCUUCCGUUGUCGAGGAGAUCGACCAUUUGUGUGGUCCAGGCUCCAGUAGACCAGAGAUCUGCAAUAACCAGCUCUAUCGCGAGAUGGCGGAUCUGCGAGCGCAAAAGCAGCACAUGGAGGGUCGCUACUUUGAUGUCAAGAAGGAACACCUCGACGAAAUGAACAAGUUGAAGUCCAAGUACGAGGAAAAGAUGGCCGCACAGCUGGCCAAUCGGGACCAAGUCAUCAGUGAUCUCAAGAAGAACCUCCGACGUAGCGAGGAGCUGGUCAACGAGCAAAAGAUUCGCUUGGACGAGAAGUCUAAAACGCUGGUGAGCGAGGAUGGAACUCUCAGUGAUUUGAGUGCCGAGAUGGAAAAGGUCAAGGCGGUCAACCGACGGAUGCUCCAGCGCGUGGAGGAGGCGGAUGUUGGCCUUGAACGGGCUCGCGCCUCUGUCGAUAAGCAUAUCGGACAGAUCGCCUAUUUGGAGGGCGAACUCAAGGAGGCCCGCGAGCUGAUCGUCAAUCUGCAAAAGCGUCCGGAUUGCGUGGACAAGGGCGUGAUGGAGAAGGACCUGAUCAUCGCCGAUCUGAAGCUGCAGCUCCAGAAUCUAGAGCAGCACAAGAAUGUCCUCAACAAGCAGGUGAUCAGUACCUUAAAGCAGCGUGCCGACUUCGAGGAGCUUAAUGGAAAAUAUAGGAAAGCUGUAGAGCAGAUAAGCGAUCUGAAGGAGUCCCUGAAGAUCACAACCACCGAGUCCGACUUCCAUUGCAAGGCAGAGGAGCAGUUGCGCAAGGAGAUUGCCAAGAUGCGGGAGCAAAUGGCUCUUGAUCAGCAGAUGCUCACCGCCCGCAGCGAGCUGAUCAACAACCUGCAGAAGACCGAGCAGGAGAACCGCGCCAAACUGGACCAAAUGUACUAUCAAGUUAGCGAGAAAGACACGCUGAUCAAUCAGGUAAACAACGAGCUGGCCUCGAAGGAGGAGGAGUUCCGCAAUCUCUUCGGGACCCUGGCAUCCAAACAGACGGAGGUGAGGAGGCAGGACCAUGUCAUCCAGCUGCUGAAGGAGCAACAGUCGCGGGUUUCCCUCGUACGAGCAGGCCAGGACGAACGAAAUGCUGCGAUGGAGAAAGAAAUUUAUCAACUCAAAAACACCCUUCGUGAUUAUGCCCGAGUUAUUAUUGGCAAUAAUGGUCAGCCAUUUUUUGAAGUUGUGCCAGCUGGCGAAAGCGGGGUAGGCAGGAGCAGUGGUCACCAAGAUCAAGAGAAGACUCCCAUGGGAAAUGACUUGACCUGCAGGUUACUGCAGAGACUUCUGCCCGAUCAGCAUCAGGCCAAUCUGCAAGAGCAGGCAAUGUCUCCAGCCCGUGGUAGAUUCUUUGAGCCACUGCAUCACAACCUGCUGCCCAACGGAUCACCAAAACCCAGCUCCCAACGACCUUCACCUCGCUCGCGUUAUCCACCGCAACCGCAGGAUCCACGUGACCAUCAUCAAAGUCCUAGCAAGGACCUGAAGCCCUCGCCUCCCGAGUCUUGCCAUCACCAGCGAUCUCGAGACCAGCGUUAGAACCCAAGAGAUACCUUUUAAAAUCCCAACAUUACUCAAAUGGAGAGCACACAGGCAUGGAAAUUCUUCAGAUACCCAAAAUUUAUUGUAAUCUUUGGCCAAAGGCAUUAUAUUUUUGUACCCAUGAGUAAUAAGUAAUCGUGAAA